CCCCCCCACCUCCCUGAACGGGGACCGCUCGGGCCUGGGGCUGCGCUGUCUGCUUCAACUGCACAAAACCCGGCGGUGACGGGAAUUUAGAAGUCUUCAGGAAAAGGGGGUUCAGGGACUCGGAGCUGCCGGGCUGGGCGUCCUGUGAAGGUAAUAAUGACUUCUCCAAAUAAAGCACUAGAGGUACAGCUACAAAUGAAACAAAAUGCCGAAGAGCUGCAUGAUUUUAUGAAGGAAUUAGAGAGCUGGGAAAAAGAUAUAAAGCAGGUGGAUUCUGAACUAAGAAAACAGAGUGGUGCCCCAGAGGAGAAUUUACCACCAAUUCGAAAUGAGGCAUAUAGGAAAAAGAAAAAAAGCAAAACUAAAGUUCCUUCUAAGAAAACGACUGAAGAAAACCAAAAAAACAAGAUAAAGUCUUAUGACUAUGAAGCAUGGGGAAAGCUUGAUGUGGAUAGGAUACUUGAAGAACUGGAUAAAGAAGAUAGCACCCAUGAUUCUGUAUCUCCAGACUCUGAUUCUGAAGAGGAUGGAAUUCGUAUAGAUCAAGAGAAAGCUAUUGCUGAGAAAGAAAAGGUUAUUACAGCACUAAAUGAUUUCUUUAAUGCAAUAAUACUUAAACAGUAUCUUUGAGCAAUUGUCUGCAUG